CAAGUGGGUCACAGGAACACGUUAUAGCACAGGCAAUUCCAUGUGCCCACAUGGAUGAUUAGAGAGACCGUGGCAAUUUUGCGGAGGGAAAGAUGAAGAAAAACAACAUCAUCAAACGACAACUGAAACACCCACAACCAUAUCUGGCAAAAUAGAUUACCUUACCCCCAAAAUUCUCGUUGUUCCCGGUUUUUAAGCUGCACCAAUAAUCACAAUCACUCACUGAGAGAAGAUAGGGUGAAGAAGAAGAAGAAGAAGAAGGAGCAAAGAUGAAGGAAAACAGUGAUGGGUUUGUGAGGGCUGAUCAGAUUGAUCUGAAGAGCAUAGAUGAACAGUUAGAGAGGCACCUAAACAAGGCAUUGACUAUUGAGAAGAAGAAGCAGAGAGAGGAAGAUGGUGUUGAUCAUGUUCGUAACACAAGCUCUAUUGCCACUGCCAUUAAAUUCAAAAGUGUAGCAGCAACAGGUGGUGGUGUUGGUGGUGUUACCUUGAAGAAGCAAAGGCUGGAGUGGGAAAUUGACCCUUCUAACCUCAUCAUCAAGAGUGUCAUAGCUCGUGGCACUUUCGGUACUGUUCACCGUGGUGUCUAUGAUGGCCAAGAUGUCGCUGUUAAAAUGCUGGACUGGGGUGAAGAAGGGCAACGGACAGAAGCUGAAAUUGCUUCCCUUAGGUCGGCAUUUACACAAGAAGUUGCUGUUUGGCAUAAACUUGAUCAUCCUAAUGUCACUAAGUUUAUAGGGGCAACAAUGGGGUCUUCAGAAUUACAGAUACAAACCGAUAAUGGUCUAAUUAGCAUGCCAAGCAAUAUCUGCUGUGUAGUUGUAGAGUAUCUUGCUGGAGGUGCCCUCAAAUCUUUCCUAAUAAAGAAUAGGAGGAGGAAGUUAGCUUUUAAGGUUGUCAUCCAGCUGGCACUUGAUCUUGCGCGAGGGCUGAGUUAUCUUCACUCUCAGAAAAUUGUCCACAGAGAUGUAAAGACCGAGAACAUGCUGUUGGAUAAGACACGCACAGUUAAAAUUGCUGAUUUUGGGGUUGCACGUGUUGAAGCGUCAAAUCCUAAUGACAUGACUGGGGAGACUGGUACACUUGGUUACAUGGCUCCUGAGGUUUUAAAUGGCAACCCCUAUAACAGGAAAUGUGAUGUGUACAGUUUUGGCAUAUGUUUAUGGGAAAUAUAUUGUUGUGACAUGCCAUAUCCUGACCUAAGUUUCUCAGAGAUUACUUCAGCUGUUGUUCGCCAGAAUCUGAGACCAGAAAUUCCAAGAUGUUGCCCAAGUUCUCUGGCAAAUGUAAUGAAGAGAUGCUGGGAUGCCAAUCAUGAUAAACGGCCUGAAAUGGAUGAGGUAGUUUCCAUGCUGGAGGCUAUUGACACAUCCAAAGGUGGAGGUAUGAUCCCUGUUGAUCAGCAACAGGGUUGUCUUUGCUUCCGUAAGUACAGAGGGCCUUGAGGUUCAUUUCCUUAGUCCAGCAAACAAUUUAAGGUACAAUGAUUUUUCACUAUUUAAAGAAUCAUUAAGUGUAUCUAUGGUGAGAAACAGGAUUUGGAUGCCAAGAUGAGAGGAAUAUACAGUAGAGGAUAUAGGAAGGAGGAUCUGGUGACGUGUCAUUCUUAUGUAAAUCCAUACCUCUUAUUUUCUUUUUCUUACCUCUUUAAUCCCCAUGUGGUACUACUUUCAUCUUUGCAAUGUUGCAGAACUGUCAUUGUAACCUUGUAAGAUCUUCAUUAUACUGUUGUAAUCAUGAUUGAUGUGAUUAAAUUGGAUCAAUUUG